GAGAUUGCACAAGGGUGGGAGGUCAUGGACAGUCUACCAAGCUGGCAUUUCAAAGUUUUAACCUAACAGAAGAAGAGAGUGAGUCCAUUGCCAAGGUACUAGAGUGGUUCACCUGGAGCUCCAACAGCAGUUCUAGCCCCAGUGAUGAAGAUGAAGAAAACCAAGAGUCCUAUCAACUGGACUUCAAGAAGGCCAAGCAGCAUCCAGGAAUGCCUGCUGAUAUCAAAACACAUUUCACAUCAAGAGAUGUUAGAGAUUUCACAAAGUCUUCACCUAUUAAGCAUAUGACUGGAACAUUGGAAGAAAAGCUCGAAGGAGAAAGGCUUUACAAAGCAGAAAUAUGUUACAGUGAAGAUGUUCUUGUUUCUGAAGCAAACCCCAUCAUGCCAGUCAUUGAUUCACUGUGUCUUCACACUGAGCUGGUUUGCCAACCCAAGGGGUGUUUACUUACUGCUGAAGAGAGGCAAAAACCAGAGGAACAAACUGCAGAAGAACAGAUCUUUGAAGAAGGGGUGUGUGAUGAAGAUAUCACAAAUGUCAGCGCCACAAAAGUUCCACAGGAUGUGAAGUCCUAUGAAGCUCAAGAGGAAGUCCCACAGCACAAAGUGACUACACUAAUGUCUUUUUGGGAGCAACAAAACAGGGAUCCAAAGGUGUUAAUCAGCAGAACUAAUAGUGGUUUGGGUCAAACAGAGAUUGAGGCUGAUCAACAGACCUUGUUUACACAUGAAGACAUGGCUCCUUCUUCUGAAAAUACCGAUAAUGUCCAUGAAAAAUAUAUGCCAGAGACCGAUGAUAUUAGGGGUGGUGUUCCUGUUUUUCCUCCACAGAUCACUAGGAGUAGGAUAUCUGCUGAUAUAGAAGAAAAUAUUGAACAAGUAUGUCUUGAAACAGGGCAUCCCACAUCUCCAAAGGAGCACUUUGUGGCAGACUCUGCUCUCAAAACUAUGUUUUCAGAGGUGAACUCUCUUUCUGUUCAAAGUAGCAGGUUAUCAGAAGGUCAGAAUGAAGAUAACUUUGGAUACACUCCAAAAUCAAUUAUUGUUGGGGAAAAAGAUUCCAGCUCUACACAGGAUCUAACAACUGAUUCUCAGACAAGAGACCAAAAAGAAGGUGGUCAGUUGUUGUCACUGUUCAAAGACAGCCCAUUCAUAACACAGAGUAAUCAAGACCCUUUAGAGGAAAUGACCCUGAAUCUGCAACAAGACUUAAAAGGCAAGAUAGGCCCACUAAAAUCUUUCUGGGAGAAAGAGAAAAGCAGUCCUACGAUUAUUGCUGGUCAGUCUAAAAACUCUUCAUAUUCCAAAUCUAUAGAUGAAUAUCUAGAGUCUUCUCAAUGUCAAGUUAAUGACAGAUUUAAUACUUCCAGUUCUGUCUUUGGAACAACAAGUAAAACAUUAGACAGCGAUGAUUUCAUCUCUUCACAGUGUAGUAUCAGGCCCAAUUUCACUUUCCAACAAAUAGAAUUGAGUUCAAAUUUCAAGAAUGUUUGUGACUUCAGGAGUGUGACUCCGUCAAAUCCGGUUGAUGUUGCUUUCGUUAAAAUUCAUUCCCAAUCUUCAGAAAACAGCCUACAAAUUCUCAAGCAUCCCCAUGAAAAUGCUGAAAAAUCAGUUGAUGUUUUACUAAAGACUAAUGAUUUACCAGAAGAUAAAACUGAGGUAUCCAGCAGUCCAAAUAAUUGCUCCCAAGUCCUGUCCAGUAAAUCAGAAGUUAUAGAUUCGAGAACCUGUUCCAAAGAUAGUAGCCCAUAUGAGGGAGAACUUGUAUAUGUAAAACAAUCAACCUAUUCAGUUACAGAGAAUACAGAACACUCAUAUGACAAGGAGAUGUCAGGGUCUGCAGCUACCAAACCAGAUGUAGAAAUGAAAGCCAAUUUACUACAGCACAGAACUGAAGGGUGUGACCAGCCCAGGGUCACUUGGCCCCAGAAGAAGGCAAAACAAGCCACUACAGGAGAUCAAAUAACCUCAAAGUCACCCUUAACUUCAAAGCACAAGAAAUGUCAUCCUCAGAGAGCAAAAAACACUGUUGUAGAAAACCUGGAUGGAGAAGAACAAUUUCCUUCUACAAAUGUCCACAGUUGGAUUGAAGGAAAACAUCUAGCAUCUCCCCAGGGCUCCAGGAGACAGCGCAAAGGAAGCCAAGGUGGAGAACAGGCAGCCUAUAAUGAAGGCUAUGAAAGAAAGUCCUCAAGGUCAAAUGAUGAGGGACGAUCACAACAUACCCUGGCAAGGUCAUUCAUACCUUCUGAUUACCAGCAUUAUUUGGGAAUUUCAAGUAGGGCAGCUGCUCCAGAUAAGAAUACUGUUAAAGCUGCUGGUUCACAAAAGCUUGGUUCAGAGUUGAGCCCGUUGCCUGGAAUUUCGCUACUUAGCACCCCAAAGCACUCAGGUGGCCGGAAAAGAAGCAGGAGCGAGGGCUACACCUCCAGAGGCUCCCAUCGUGCUGAUGGGAAUGCCGACUCAUCCAGGAGCAGUGCAUCAGACACCUGGUCUCAGUCUUUGGCAAGUUCAGCCUGUGACGGUGAGAACAGUGAUCCUGGGAAGACAACCUUGAAACAAAUCCCAUCCAGACCCAUGUCCACAUCCAAGAGCCUUGAGGACAUUAAAUCAUUGUUGACACUGUCCACAGCGCCAGCCACACCAUCCUCCUCUUUCUCAGACCCUGACCAGAUGAAGAGGAUGAGCAUGUCUGUGCCUGUAUUUGUGCAGGAGGAGAACGGCGGCAGAGACAGUGACUCGGAGAGCAGUGGAAGGAGUGAUGGACAAAGGAGGACAGGCAGCUCCUUCACUAACCUUAGUGCCUCUUCUGGUGUGCCGUCGGUGUCCUCUCAGGUCAGUGGUAGCGUCAUGAGCAUCUACAGCGGGGACUUCGGCAGCGUAGACGUCAAGGGAACCAUCCAGUUUGCCAUUAGCUACGUGCAGAAGCUGAGUGAGAUGCACAUCUUUGUGGUCCAGUGUAGAAAUCUGGCCAUUGCCGACAUCAGGAAGAACCGGUCUGACCCUUACGUUAAGUGUUACCUCUUCCCGGACAAAGCAAAAUUGGGAAAGAGGAAAACAUCUGUGAAAAAGAAGACUGUGAAUCCAACCUACAAUGAAAUUCUAAGGUACAGAGUAGAUAUUGAGACCCUCAGGACUCAGACUAUGAACCUUUCUGUAUGGCACAAUGACACGUUUGGACGAAAUAGCUUUAUGGGCGAAGUGGACAUGGACUUAUCCAAAUGGGACUUCAGCAACACCCAGAUGAGGGACUACACCCUGAAACCACGGACUGCCUCUGGCAUGCAGCCAGUGGACUACCGAGGAGAAAUGAGGGUGGCCCUGCGCUUCCUGAACCAAGUUUCCCAGAGUAAACAGUCAUCAAAAACAGGCGAGGUUCAGAUCUGGGUGAAGGACUGCAAGAACCUGCCUAUGAUCAGGGGUGCAGCCAUUGACCCCUUUGUUAAAUGCACUGUGCUCCCAGACCCUAACAAGAAGAGCCGUCAGAAGACCCGGGUACUCAAGAGGACAGCCGACCCACAGUUCAACCACACCAUGGUGCAUGAAGGCUUUGGGCCUGAGGACUUAAAGGAGGCCUGUGUGGAGCUCACAGUCUGGGACCAUGAUCGUCUCUCCAAUCACUUCAUAGGGGGGCUCAGGCUAGGCCUUGGCACAGGUAAAAGUUAUGGAGCACCAGUGGACUGGAUGGACUGCAGUUCGGAUGAAGCUGCUCUGUGGGAACGGAUGAUGGAUUGUCAUAACGAAUGGGUGGAAGAUGUAUUACCUUUGAGAAUGCUGGUCAUGGCAAGAAGUAUGUCAAAAUAAAGUUUACGUGUUUCUUUCACAAAGGAGUAUCAGCCUUUAAUAAAUGUAUUCUUCAUUAUCAGUGAUUAAAUCUGACAUUGACACUAUAAUAUGAAAUGUUACAUGUUUUCAUAAGGCUCCGUCAUCAAGAAUUUACAUAUUUAAUAUUGCUACAUUAUAGCUUUCUUUGUGAAAGAAUCUUGUUUGUUAAAAUGUUUAAUUUUCUUUGUCAUUCUUUUUUUUUUUUGGUGUU